GCUGCUGUUUUAUCCCUCACCCAAACCCCGGGAUACGGGGGCACCCACCCGGCCGUGGGGAUGGCAGCACCCCGGCACUGAUUUUAGGGGACGUUUUCAUGACACCCCACAUGUACAGCCUCAGGGUGCUGGUGUGUGACCUGGAGCCGGGCACCAUCCUGGCCUCGGACCCCAACAUCCUGGAGAAGCUGAAGCUGUGCCCGGCGCUGACAGGGGCACAGCAGGACGCCCUCAAUGCCCUGCUCCUCUCGGGGGACACACCGUACGGGGAUCCCUCAGGCUGGGAUUCACAGACUCUGCAAGACCUGGGGCCGCUCGUGCUGGCGUUGAACCAGACCACGCUGAGUUUGGUGGCCGAGGCAGCUCGGGAGGGUUUCAGGACGAGCAUCGCUGCCGCCUACAUCAGCCAGGGGCGUUCCCAGCGGGAGGAAUCCCUGCUGCUCCUCAGGGCGCUCGCAGCAGCCUCAGCCGCCUCCCGGCCCCGGCUGCAGCGCAGCACCGACCGCUGCCAGGCCGAGCCCAUCACCGCCAGCAACAUCGACGACAUCGCCUUCCUGUUGCCUGAGGACCUGGACUUGUGCCUGAGCAAUGAUGUGUUAGUAGAAAACCUGGAGGCUGUGAAGGAUCUGCCACUCAUCCCAGAGGCUUACUUGGUCCUGAAACAAAAGGUGGAUGAGUUUUUCCAGGGGUCAGAGAUCCCAGAGGAGAAGCUGAGGCAGCUGGGGAUGCUGUCCCGCCUGUACACGGAGGAGGAGAUCAGCCGGUGGCAGGUGACAUCCAGUGAGACCCUCUCAGCCCUGCUCAGCGACUCAGAAGGACCAUGGAGCGAUUCCCAGGUGCAGCAGCUGCUCAGCAGGUACCUGGCCCUGGGGGGCUCCUUGACGGGGCCCCUGCUCCAGCAGAUUGGAGGCAGGCGCCUGUGCAACCUGCAGGAGGGGCAGAUCCAGCAGAUCCCUGCUGCAGCCAUCGGGACUGCUGGGCGGUUGAACAUCUCUUCAUGCUCCCAAACCAAGAAGGAUCAGCUCUAUAGGAAGGCCCGGGAGGCCUUUGCCAGCCUGGCCAGCACCCCUGGCUCCUAUUACUGCCAGAUCCAGCCAUACCUGGGUGGAGCUCCAGCAGAAGAUCUGAAGGAUUUGGCUAAUGCUGGUGUGGCCAUAAACAUGGAUCUGAGCACCUUCCUCACCCUAAAUCCUGAGGAACUGCAGAAACUCAGCGUCACCGACGUGAAACAUUUGCUGGGGGAAAACCUCCCUGAGCUGAAGGAGCACGAGCACGAGCCGGUGGUGGUGAGCUGGGUGCAGCUGCAAUCCCAGCAGGAGCUGGACUGCGUGCUGGACAUCGGCCUGCAGGGAGGGCGGCCCGAGCCCACGGGGACAGCCAGCCCUGCUGCCACCUCCACAGCCAGUGUCACCACCCCGGCCAGUGUCACCUCCAUGGCCACUGUCACCACCUCUGUGCCCACCACCCCAGCCAGUGUCACCACCCCAGCCAGUGUCACCACCCCAGCCAGUGUCACCUCCAUGGCCACUGUCACCACCCCAGCCAGUGUCACCACCUCUGUCCCCACUGCCACCCCCGCCCCACACACGCCCACCCCAAUUCCCAGCUCCACCAUUCCCCCCCAAACAAGCCCCAGCUCCUCCCCGGCCGUGCCGUGCCAGCCCAGUUCCCCUCCCAGCCCUGUCCCCAGCCCCAAACCCACCCCUGGGAGCGUUCCAGAGCCAGCACAGCCAACCUCCAACGGCCACAUCAACCUGCACCCUGAGCCCGGAUCAGGAUCAGGAUCAGGAUCAGGAUCAGGAUCAGGAUCCAGGCUCUGCUCCUGCCUCGCUCUCCUGCUGGCAGCCACCAUGGGGAGUGUUCUGCUGGGGGGGCUGCUCUGAGCCCCCCUCAGCGCCCCCCACCCUGCACACCCCUCCCUCCAUCCCAGUGGAACUGCGCUGGGCAGUCCCUGCUGGACAGCUGGACCAGGAAAGGGAAGAGAAUUCAUCCCCGUUUGAUGCCAGCACAGGGUUUGGUUAUUUUUGAGGUGGGCCAGUGAAGGAGGACAGAUUUUUCCAGCCCAGAGAAGCUUCCACAGGUCCUUACUAGAGAUUUACUCCCUGUAGUAGAACCAGCAGUGCUGCUGACUGCUCUGCCAAGGCAAGAGCACCGGGCCCAGCUCUUGCAGGGAUUUCCUGUCCAUCCCAUCCCACUGGGAUCUGUUAAACAGUGGGAAAACUCAGGGACUGAGUCACUGGUGGCCCUGCACCACAGCUGAGAGAUCCCCAAAAAUCUUAUUUAACUUUUCUCACAAGCUGCUUUUUGAUCAAGGUUUGCUCAAACCACACACAGACUCUUCUGGGAUGAUUAGCUGGAGAUAAUUUAUCUUGAUUACUGUUCAGUGCUAUACAA